UUUCAUUCUCGUUUGAGCCGUGAAAGCAAACUUUGGUGAACGCGUCGUGACGAGAGCACGUGAGGAGUGACUCGGACACCACACAAAACUUAAGCGUCUUACUCCGAGUCCCAAUGUAGCAAGUACACAGCUCCUCUCGUCUCCCGCAGAUAUGAAAACUGGAUCUUCCAUUCAUUCGCAAGUGCCAGAGAAGUCGUUCGAUGCGACUUGGUCUCGCGUUUCAAUGCAGAUGCGCUUAUAAGCGACACGGCUGUAUGCCCCGUUCACUGACACAACCAUUCGUUGGCACCUCCGUCUGGCCUCCAUGUCUUGGUCGCUUCUUCGCGCAUCUGCACGAAUUGCCGCUGCUCGUGCCCCUGCCGCCCGUCCUGCCGCCCCCCGUGUCUCUCGCGUCGCAUACCGCCACUACUCGACCGAAUUCCCGAAAGCACCCAAAUGGUCAGCACGCACCGGCCUCAAAGCUGGUGUCGCGGCAGCCACCCUGCUCGGCGGGGGAUUCUUCUUUCUCCCCUCCUCCUCUGACCUAGAGACUCGCGCGAAGAGCACGAUCCAGGUGGCCAAGGUCGCGGCGAACCUCGCCCCCACGCAGGAAGAAUACCAGAAGGUGUACAACAAGAUCGCCGCGCUGCUUGACGAGGCGGAUGACCAUGACGACGGGUCGUAUGGACCCCUUAUCCUCCGUCUUGCGUGGCACUCUUCGGGAACCUACGACAAGAACACCAAGACCGGCGGAAGCAACUUCGCUACUAUGCGCUUCAAGCCUGAAUCCGACCACGGCGCAAACACCGGCCUCCAACUCGCCCGAGACCUGAUGGAGACGGUCAGGACCGAGUUCCCGUGGAUCACGUACGGCGAUCUGUGGACCCUCGCGGGUGUCGCCGCUAUCCAGGAAAUGGCGGGUCCUAGGGUUCCGUGGAGGGCUGGCCGCAUCGACGGCUCGUGCGACGACGUCACGAAGGAUGAGCGGCUGCCCUCUCCGUUCAAGGACGCCGCGCAUCUCCGCACCAUCUUCCAUCGCAUGGGCUUCAACGACCAGGAAAUCGUUGCUCUCUCGGGCGCUCACGCGAUCGGUCGAUGCCAUCCCCCCAUCUCUGGAAUGGACGGCCCGUGGACGUUCUCGCCGACUACUCUGACGAAUGAUUACUUCCGAGUGCUCUUCAGCGAGCGCUGGGUGAAGAAGGCGGGGCACGACCACCAGUUUGAGGACAAGAGCACCCGCUCGCUCCUGAUGAUGCCCACCGAUCUGGUUCUCCUCUCUGACAAGACCUUCAAGAAAUUCGCCAAGGCGUAUGCUGAUGACAAUGAUCUAUUCUUCAAGGACUUCUCGGCGGUUGUUUCCAAGCUGUUUGAGCUGGGUGUUCCACCCGCCCAAUGGGUGUCGCCUAAGCCCUGGACGAUGAAAACACUCGACGAGCAGAAAGCAUGAACUCGCUCCUCCCGGUUUCUUCCCUCGAAACAGCGGUAUUAUCAUAAGACUAGAUGUCAUAGUCAGGGUGUAUGCCGCACUACUAGUAAUGCCACUAAUUGAUUGCGA